AUGCCCACUCUAUCAGUCCCGCUAUCACACACACCGCCAUACACUCUCCUCGCGCUGGCUCUCCUCAAAGGAGCAGACGUGAAAUGGGAGGACGCGAGCAACGAGCUGGCUGAGCCUAGCUAUGAAGGUAUCAAGGGGACUGAGCAGGUCCGCACGGCGCUCGAGGAGGGUCUGCCAGGCAAGGAGAUCCCCUUGCCAGCUCUACCGAUUAUGCUCGAGAGCAACACCGGGUUCAAGGAGGUCCAGGGUAUUCUUGACGCUUUGGAUGAUCACUUGGCCUACAGGACCUACUUCUAUGGCUUCAGCUUUGGCUUUGGUGACGCCACCAUCUGGGGUACCAUUCGAGGCAACACACCCGCUACCGGCUCCAUGAAGAAGCCUGGACGCCCUCACCUCUCCCGGUGGUUCAACCACGUCGAGACGCAGCAUGUGCCCCGUACGGUGCUCGAGAUGGCUGCCAAGUCUCGGGCGGAUAUGGACAAGGGCAAGAAGGCGAAGCGGACCGAGACUGUUGAUGUGGUCUUGCCGAACGCUAUCCCUGGGAAGGUCGUCGUGCGGUUUGCUCCCGAGCCGUCAGGAUACCUUCAUAUCGGUCACUUGAAGGCGGCUAUUCUGAACCGAUUCUUGGCCGACCAGUAUCAGGGGCAGUUCAUCCUCCGAUUCGACGACACCAACCCGCUCAAGGAGGAGGGCGAGUUUGAGGACGCCAUCAAAGAGGAUCUAUCCAUGAUUGAGAUCGCCUACGACAAGGUCGUGCACACCUCGGACCACUUUGCCAAGAUCCAAGACUACACCGAGAAGUUGAUCAGGCAAGGAGAUGCCUUCAUGGAUGACACAGACGCCGAGACUGUCAAGGAGCAGCGCCGAGCUGUCAUUCCCUCCAGGAACCGCGAUGCAUCAAUAGACGACAACUUGGCUCGGUUCAGGGAGAUGCUCACUGGCUCGGAGGAAGGCAAGAAGUGGAGUCUGCGCGCCAAGAUUGACUUUGAGCAUAAGAAUGGAACAAUGAGGGAUCCGGUCGUGUAUCGCUGUGUCGAGGGGUCACACCACAUCACCGGGACCCAAUUCAAGGCUUACCCUAUGUACGAUCUCGCCUGCCCCAUUAUCGACCACAUCGACGGCGUCACCCAUGCCCUCCGAGCGAACGAGUACUAUGCCCGUCACGAGCAGUAUCAGUGGUUCUUGGAGAAGCUGGGUAUGCCCAAGAUCGAGAUCUUUGACUUCAGCCGAAUUGACUUUGUCUACACUGUGCUCUCCAAGCGAAAGUUGAAGUUCUUGGUCGAGCAGGGCGUGGUGAAGGGAUGGGAUGACCCUCGAUUCCCUACCGUGCGAGGUAUUCGAUCUCGCGGAAUGACCGUCAAGGGUCUGAAAGACUACAUUAUCGGACAGGGCGCAUCGCAGAUGCAAAUGCAGCUUGAAUGGGAUGGGGUCUGGACGCAGAACAAGAAGGUCAUUGACCCGGUUGCGCCUCGAUACUGGGCCAUCGCCGAGGAGAACAUGGUCGAGGUCGAGCUUACCGGACGGGAGACAGAGGAGUAUGUUGCCGAGAGCAAGCCAUUGCACAAGAAGGACCCAAAGAUUGGGGAGAAGAAGCUGGUGUACGCCAGCAAGCUGAUCAUGGAGCAAGAGGACGCUUUGUCAUUCGGCGACAACGAGGAAAUCACAGUCAUGGACUGGGGAAACGCCUUUGUCUCCUCCAAAACCGGCUCAUCACCCAUCACCUCGCUCUCCCUCAAACUCCACCUCGCCGGCGACUUCAAAAAGACCUCCAAAAAAGUCACAUGGCUCGCGGCUCCUACCGACGACUAUCCGCUCAUUCCCGUCACGCUCAUCGAGUACGAUUACCUCAUUACCAAGAAGAAGCUCGAGGAGGACGAUAACCUCACGGAUAUUGUCAACCCCAAGACCGAGUAUCGGGUCAAGGCGCUGGCGAGUCGGGAGGUGGAGGGGUGUAAGAAGUGGGAUAUCAUCCAGUUUGAGCGGAAGGGAUUUUAUAUCUGCCAGGGGACGAAGGAUGCCGAUGGACGGAUGGAGUUUGGGUUCAUUCCAGAUGGCCGGCUUCAGACUGUCACGCUCAAGGCUACACCCGCUGCCGAGACCGUCAAGACCGGAGGCGCCAAGGGGUCGUGGGGCAAGACACCGGCACCCAAGGCUGCCGCAAAGUCUACUGAGGCUGGCGCUGCCGCACCGUCAACCGAGGCCGGGGUCAAGGUGUACAAGUCGAACGGGACGAGCGGGUUCGAUAUCCCCGUCAAGGGAAGCAUGUUUGCUACUGACAAGAUCUAUGGAGAUGAGGCAGUCCAGGUCCCAUCCAAGGCCGACAUGUUCAAGGUCGAUCCAAUCUACGAGCAAUGA